ACAUCUGUGAAGCCUUAUCAUAGGCUACCCUUCCAGAGACCCCUAGUGGUUUGGAGACCGUACUCUGUAACCUCGCAUAGAAAAACCCUAAUUUCUUGGAUUCAAACUCCGAUUCCUAAGAAGAAGGAGGAAAUUUGUUGUAGGAAAUGAAUAACAGUUCCUCUUCCAAAAAACACAGUCCAGAUCAGCCAGAGACAAGUGGACCCACAUUCAAAUCACAGCGAACCAAAAUGGACACUGAAAAGAAGAUUUUGAAUAAGAAACUCAAGGAUGUUGAAAUAAGCUGUCCCAUUGUGUAUGGUAGCAUGGCAUUCUGGCUAGGGAAGAAGGCAAGCGAGUACCAGUCACAUAAGUGGACUGUGUAUGUUCGCGGGGCGAUGAAUGAGGAUCUGGGAGUGGUGGUAAAGCGCGUUGUUUUUCAGCUGCAUUCCAGUUUCAAUAGCCCUACAAGGGUACUGGAGUCGCCUCCGUUUGAGGUAUCGGAAGCUGGAUGGGGUGAAUUUGAAAUCGCCAUCACGCUUUAUUUCCAUAGUGAUGUUUGUGAUAAGCCUGUAAACUUAUAUCAUCAUUUGAAGUUGUACCCCGAGGAUGAAUCUGGUCCCAUGUCUACCAAGAAGCCUGUUGUUUUGGAAACUUAUGAUGAGAUUGUGUUCCCUGAGCCUUCAGAAGGUUUUUUAGCUCGUGUGCAGAAUCAUCCAGCUGUAACCCUGCCCAGAUUACCAAUUGGAUUUACUUUGCCUCCUCCUGUACCAGUUGAGGAUGCAAGUAGAAGGAAGAGAGGUGACACUAAAGAUCACCCCCUAAGUCAGUGGUUCAUGAAUUUCUCAGAAGCAGAUGAACUUUUACAACUUGCAGCAGCUCGUCAACAGGUGCAAGCUCAUAUUGCUAAACUCAAGCGACAAAUAAAUGUGAUAGAUGGGCCACAUCAACAGUUGAAAUCUAUCUCUGACCAGUGAAUGACAACAUUAUUCCUGCAGAUUUUUUCAGAUUCUACUUCAAAUUGGUUUUGCAGCAUAUACACUUGUUGGCAUUUGCAACAAUGAUAUGUACCUUCUUAGUUCUCGGCCGUGGAGAAUUCUUUGUCAGCUUUGUUUUCCCUCUCUUUUUUUUUAUGGCCUUUUUAUCUCAUUGACUUUGUAUCAAUAAGGAAAGGAGGCAAAAAAAAAAAUUUAUCAUUAGAUUAAUACAAAUUAUAAAAUUAAAUUUAUUGCAUCUUUGCUGUC